GAUUUAACGCGAUUAGAUUACUAUCACGAUACAAUAUUGCAAUUAUCAAUGAGAUAACUUGAAAAGAUCGGUUAAUCGAAUCAGUGUCAAGUAGGGGGAUGAGCAGAAAAAGUGACAAUUUAGAUAUAUAAGGAGAAUUUGCACGCACCCAGUAUAUAAAGGAUCUAAUGACCCCAAUAGGUUCAUUAAUGUUUUACAUCUUUUGGUGACUGGAUUUAAUGGAGAUUUAUAUAAAUUAAUGACAGAUAAAAAACAACAUUUUUCGUAUUUUUAUUCUGUGGUUACCAUAAGUAAAUGGACGUUUUUCUCAUGAAUUUCAAGUUCGUUGAACGUUUUUGAUGCACAUGGGUAAGGCCAUUUGAACGGACUUCGCACUUACGCUUUUACCUUUAUUUAGUGGCAUAUAGGAAGUGAAAUGCAUUCAAGUUCUGCCCAGAUGCUAGCCAUGGCUAAUUCAUUUUGGCCCUUGGCUUAUUCGUUGAAAUCAUAUGACUUGUCUGUGCAUCCCGCAUUUUUAUCAUCUGCAUACAGAACAAUUCCAACCUUACCGUAUGCUCCACCGGCAACUUCGCAGACGACACCAACAUCAUCGCCUCCUCAAAAAUCCAGUGACAAAUUUUCAAUAGACGCUAUUCUAAGCAAGGACAAACGACCGGACUCAACGAGUUCAGAAAAUUCAACAGACAAUUUAAAGAAAUUUACACACAGUUUUCUCGAAAGUGACAAAAUUCAUGAUACAAGUUUUCAAAGACGACACCAGCGUUUGUUUGAAGCAGCACAUCCGUAUCUAGGUCACACGAACGCUGUUCAAGAUCUACAUCAACAUGUUCAGCAUUCGCAGCAGCCGACACACCUAUCGCCUGCGUACAGACAAUUGAACGACUCUCCGAGAACAACCGGUGUUGACAAAAGCGAGAAGAAAUCUAGUCCAAACUGUCAGUCAUGGAGUAAACAAGCCAAAGGGAAACGAGUUCGAACCAUAUUCACACCAGAACAACUUGAAAGAAUGGAGGCCGAGUUCGAACGCCAACAAUACAUGGUUGGAACUGAAAGAUAUUACUUAGCGACAUCACUUAACCUGACAGAGGCCCAGGUGAAGGUAUGGUUUCAAAACAGACGCAUUAAAUGGCGAAAACAACACUUAGAACAGCAAAAAGCGAAACUUAAUUCCAUAGACAUUUACCGCCAGGAAUCUGGCAGUGACUCGGAGAGCGAGGAAGAAAGACAUGUGAUUGGUGGAGGCAGAAGUCACGUGGAGUCGUUGACAGACCCGUUCCAAAGUCCACGUGAAUCCCGUGCAACACAAUAGACGCGAAUCACGUACAAGGAAACAGAAAACAGAAUAUCGUGUACAGUGUUGUCAUCAAAUGAUUUAAAAAUAACAAGAAGUUGUGAAGAGAUGCAUUAAGACAUCUAAUCUAACCCUAAUUCACAAACUUAUAAAGACACCCUAGUCAAACGGCAUUAACUUUUUUUUACCGAUGUUGAGAGUAGCGCUGAUUUCAGUUAUAUGAAACUGCCGUUCAACAUAACCUUUUGAAAAGAUGUUAAAGUCAUAUGAAGGAAUAAAUGACAUUAAGGACAAAUAAAUUUGACCUUAUUUGCUGUGUAAUUUAUGUUGUACUAUUACAAAGUUCGACAACUCAUGAUUUUAUGAUGGAUUUAUGGUACGAUUUCUUCGUAGCAACCCCUUGUCGUGUGAAGAUUUAUCCCUGUGAUUUUUUUUUUUGUAAAAUAUCAGAUGUAAACUGGUACCAAGAUUGGUGCCACCUGUGCCGUUCACACUGGUCAGACAUUAUUGAAUUAUUAAGUCGGACAAACACAUUAUAUGUUGCAUAUAUUUCUUUAACAGAAAUAAAAUGUU